GGUAUCUGGGCGGUCUUCCGUCCCCAGCGUGUGUGUCUGUCUGUCUGUCUCUCUGUCUGAUCCGCCUUCUGCAGCCUGCCUUCCGGCCCCAGCGCACCAAGUCUUUAGUCUGCCCUUUCACUGACGCUGAGUGUGUUUAGCGGCCUUAGCUGCUAGCCCGCCUGAGACCGGCCAGGCAGCCGGCGGAGGAAUACACGUUUGGCCCCUGUCCAGGUUAAGAGAAUUUUAAGCCAGUAGGAGCUCGAGGCCUAUAUUUAUGCUGAAAACGGGUCUCGAGGCCUCUGUAAGCCAAUGCGAGAUGUGGGGGGCCCAGCCAGCUGCUUGAUGAUUUCUUACAAUUAAAUGAGGAACAGAGAAUUUCUUUCUUACUACUGGCUUUUAAAACAGAUUUUAAAUCUUAAUGUGUGGAAAUUAUAAGUUCUUUAGGUAGAACAGAUUCGUUAUUGGGAUGCAUUGUUGUCUGAUGUGUUUGUUCUGAGUCCGCUGACCAGCUGUUUCUGAACUUCAUUUUCUCAGCCUCAACAGUGAUUCUGAAACUGCUUUUAGCUUCCUUCGCCUUGGCUUUCUUCUUUUUGUGAACAGCUGCUUGGCCCAUAGCUUAGAGAAAUCAGCCUUUUUUUCUCUCCCGCGAAAGCCUCCUUCCUGUGCUUAGAAAGAUGGGGAGUGGAGAGCCUAAUCCUGCUGGCAAGAAAAAGAAGUACCUCAAGGCUGCCCUGUACGUGGGUGACUUGGACCCAGAUGUUACUGAGGACAUGUUAUAUAAAAAGUUCAGGCCUGCUGGCCCUCUGCGCUUCACCCGAAUCUGCCGUGACCCUGUGACCCGCAGCCCCCUGGGCUAUGGCUAUGUUAACUUCCGCUUUCCUGCAGAUGCUGAGUGGGCCCUGAAUACCAUGAAUUUUGAUUUGAUUAAUGGCAAACCUUUCCGCCUCAUGUGGUCUCAGCCAGAUGACCGGUUAAGAAAGUCUGGAGUUGGAAAUAUAUUCAUCAAAAACCUGGACAAAUCCAUAGAUAAUAGGGCCCUUUUUUAUUUAUUUUCUGCUUUUGGGAACAUUCUCUCCUGCAAAGUCGUAUGUGAUGACAAUGGCUCUAAGGGUUAUGCCUAUGUGCACUUUGACAGCCUGGCCGCUGCCAAUAGAGCCAUCUGGCAUAUGAAUGGGGUGCGGCUCAACAACCGCCAGGUGUAUGUUGGUAGAUUCAAAUUCCCAGAAGAGAGGGCAGCUGAAGUCAGAACCAAGGAUAGAGCAACUUUCACUAAUGUUUUUGUUAAAAACUUCGGAGAUGACAUGGAUGAUGAAAAACUGAAGGAAAUCUUUAGUGGAUAUGGGCCAACUGAGAGUGUUAAGGUAAUAAGAGAUGCUAGUGGGAAAUCUAAGGGCUUUGGAUUUGUGAGGUAUGAGACGCACGAGGCUGCCCAAAAGGCUGUGUUAGACCUGCAUGGAAAGUCCAUCAAUGGGAAAGUUCUGUACGUAGGGCGAGCACAGAAGAAAAUUGAACGAUUGGCUGAGUUAAGACGAAGAUUUGAACGGCUGAGAUUAAAAGAAAAAAGUCGGCCUCCGGGGGUGCCUAUCUAUAUUAAGAACCUGGAUGAGACCAUCGAUGAUGAAAAACUGAAGGAAGAAUUUUCUUCCUUUGGAUCAAUUAGCCGGGCCAAAGUGAUGGUGGAAGUAGGGCAAGGCAAAGGGUUUGGUGUUGUCUGCUUCUCCUCUUUUGAAGAUGCUACCAAAGCAGUGGAUGAGAUGAAUGGUCGCACAGUGGGCUCCAAGCCCCUGCAUGUCACCCUGGGCCAGGCCAGGCGCAGCCUUUUUCAGCUUUUCAAAACAGUCACUGUACAAACUUCAAAUGUGCCCAGGAGAAGAAAAUUAAGAACAUUGCUUUGUGAUUGUAAACCAUCAUAUUAAAAGUUAUUCUGGUGAGACUAUUCUGUACAAAAAACUUCUUCAUAUACUGUUGCCUUUCUGGUUGUAUCUAUGAUUAAGGGGACAAACAAAAUGUUACAUGUUAAUUGAUAUUUUCAGUACAGGGGAAAAUGUAAGAAUACUAUGUGUUUAAGGGAAUAUUUAGGAAUGGUGUGAAUGCCAUCCUACCUAUAAAUAAAUGGCUUUAUUUAAGGAAAUAGUUUAAAAUGCAUCAGUAAAUUACUGAAUAUAGAUGAUAUAUGUGUUCCCAGCAUCUACGUUAAUACCUGGAAUAUAGUUAGCAUUCCAUGGUUGCUUUUUGAAUUAUCCCUCAAUUUGUUUGUUUUUCAAUUGUCUCCUCAGUAUUUCACAGGAGAAAUGAGUUAUUACAGAAUAAGCCAUUUUUUAAUCAAAUUUCAUCCCAUAAAGAAAUAAUUGAGAGCUGAUUAGUUACAUAGAUUGGCGCUUCUAAUAUGGUGUUACUGGUGACAUAGACUAGUGCUUAUCCUGUUGAGAUGUUAUCAAUACUUUUACACUUCUCAUGAUUUCUUUUUUUAUUAUUGUUCAACAAUUUAUUGAUGAGUUUAUCUUAGACAAAGCUUCUAAUAAUUGACAUAAGUUAAAUGAAAGUAUAUUUGUAUAUAUUUUUUAAAUAAAUUAAUGGGAUGUUGCUUCAAGACCAAGACAAUUUCCACAAGGCCUUGUUCCUACAUUAAAUCAAGUGAUCACAAGAAUCCCUGAAAAACUAGUGCUUGUGCAUGUGAAAUUAAUUGUUUCUUACAUACUUCAUGGUGUUACUUCCCAAGAAAUAUAACCUAACAAAUGCUUUCUUUGAGAUUCAAGAGAGUUAAUAUAACCACUUGGCUUCAAGGGAUCAUGGUCAGUAGUUAGAAAUAAUCUAGCUACCAUUGGAAAUCUGAGAAAGGCCUAACUCAAUGUACAAAUAUUGAGGAUAUAAUUUAUAUGAAACUUAAAAAAAAUAACUCCAAGUACUUUCACCGUCAAAAGUCAAAUUCAGUUUUAAAACAUCUCCCAUUUGGCACACAAAAAUGACCAGUGUUCUCAUUAAAUUUCUCAACAGAAGUUUGGAGCCUUUGCAUUUUAUUUAAUUAAGAAAAUAUUUAGUUCUUUGGAGAGACUUGCAAGAAAAGAGAUGAGUGAUGCUAUUAUAUGUCAUGACUGUCUCAGUUAUCAGAGUAAAUUAGUUUCUUUGUUUUAAAACUAGUAAGUGAAACACCAGGUGUUGGCAUCUUUUCUAUAAAAAAAAUAAGCCUUCUAUAAUGUAGAAUAAAUAAUUUUACAAAUUUUUGAGAUUGAUUUAAAAUUUCUAAAAAGGUAAAUUAUACUUUUGGAAAAGCAAAGACUUUUUAAAUCAAUAUUUAGGAGCAUUUGAAAAGUAAUUUUAAGCAAAUUUACACAGGAUUGCAAAUGACUCCUUUUUUUAUUAAAUUAAAAUUGACAUACUAAUUAUAUUAGUUUCAGGUGCACAACAUAUUGAUUCAACAAUUCUAUACAUUACUAUAUGCUCACCAUGGUAAGUGUAAUCACCACCUGUCACUGAACAAUGUUAUUACAAUAUUAUCGACUACAUUCCCUGUGUUGUAUUUUCAUCCCCAGGACUUACUUCAUAACUGGAAGUUUGUACCUUUUAAUACCAUUCAUCUAUUUUACCCACUUCCAGUUUGUUCUCUGUAUUUAAGA